UUGAUAAAGAAAAGCAGUGAUUAAUAGAUGAAGGGAAUAGCUGAGGUACCAUUAUUCUAAAAUUCCUAUUUGUUUUUCUAUAACACAUUAUUCUAGAUCCAACAAACUUCGUUCUUGGGUAUAAAAAUUCCAAAGAAGUUGAUUUCACAAAGAUGCAUUCGACUAAUUCAUUAUAAUCUCCAACUGUGUGUUUUAAAGAGAAAUGCCAUAGAGAUAUCAAUCAAAAACCAACACUACACUGAGAAAUGAGAAACCAGACAAGUUAAAACAUUAGGCAGCUUCAUAGUCCUCAUUGAUUGAUUAGUGAGAAACAAUCACAUGCAUAUUCACUGAUUAAAAACAUGUGAUAAUUACCCUUUCUUAAAUCCUAGUUCCUAAACUAAGCAAAAAGAACAAGAGAAAACGUGUUUUAAACAUGGGGAUGAGACCUGUAACUAAUAUACUAAUCUUUGCUACAGAUCUAAAGACUACUAAUACGUUUUCUUCUAGAUCUAAAGACUAAUAUAUUAUUUGUUUUCUUCUAGAUCCAAGAAUCUUCCACGUUUGAUACGUUUAACUUUCUAUUUUUUUAUUAGUCUCAUUAUUUUCUCAAAACUUAAACAUUGUAUAUAAAUAGAGAUACCAUUUAGACCAUCUUCUCAUCAAACUGUUAAAUAGAUAACAAAAGAAGAAGAGAACUUGUCAUCAUGAAGAACACUCAACGUCAGUUAUCUUCAUCUUUCAUGAAACUCUGCGAGAGACUCUCCUCAGACAUCAACGGUGAAAACAAGAACAAAGACUUGGCGGCUGUUUUUGCAUACAUGGAUGCAAACCGAGACGGUAGAAUCUCAGCGGAGGAGCUUAAGAAGAGUUUCAAGACACUGGGAGAGCAGCUCUCUGAUGAAGAAGCCGAAACCGCGGUUAAACUGUCUGAUAUAGACGGAGAUGGGAUGCUUGAUUUUGAGGAGUUUGCUCAGUUACUCAAAGGGGGUGAUGAGUUUACAGAGGAAGAGAAGAAGAGCAAGAUAAUGGAAGCGUUCAGAAUGUACAUUGCUGAGGGAGAAGAUUGCAUUACUCCAAGAAGCUUGAAGAUGAUGCUGAUGAAGCUUGGUGAGUCUAGAACUACUGAUGAUUGUGUAGUCAUGAUCAAAGCUUUUGAUCUUAAUGCUGAUGGAGUUUUGAGCUUUGAUGAGUUUGCUCUUAUGGUGAUGCGUUAAGGCAUCAUCAGCCCAUCCAAUGUUGUUUGUGGCUUUGUUUGUUUCUUUGAUUGAUUGCUGAAAGCAGUUGGCUGUAAAUAUAUGUAUGGCUUUCCAAGUAAUAAACUCCAUUC